AUGUCUAAGACCAAGUACCAAGAUAUCAUCCUAACCAUAGAAGGUCAAAUCGGAAUCAUUAAAUUUAACCGUCCUAAAUCCCUCAAUUCAUUCGGCGGCAAGCUCAUGGCGGAGACAACUGCAGCCAUGCGUGAAUUGAAUGAUCAUCCUGACACCGUUUUCACGGUUCUUACUGGAGAAGGAAGAUUCUUCUCAGCUGGUGCUGAUGUGAGGGGUUCUGGAUUAGAUUCCGACGAGACAUAUGCCAAUGAUGCCGAGAAAAAGUUGGCAUAUAUUACUCGCUUUGCCCCAGGUCUCGAAAUGCUCCGCAGUAUAAUCGACCAUAAAAAAGUAUUCGUCGUAGCCCUCAAUGGCCCAGCUGUAGGCGGCGGCGCAGCCUGGUUCACAGGGAGUUCUGACAUCCUGCUCGCCUCGACCUCGACCUAUCUGCAGAUAAACUUCUCCUCCCUCGGCCUAGUCCCCGAAUAUGGCUCCGCCAUCAACCUGGCGCAAAGCAUGGGCGUGCACCGCGCCAACGAGAUGCUGAUGUUUGGACGCAAGCUUACUGCUGAGGAAUUGCAGCAGUAUGGUAUGGUGAACCAUAUCUUCCCUGCGGAGGGCUUCCAGGAGAGCGUCAAGGGCUUCUUAGAAGAGCAAUUGAGGACUAAUGAUGGGAAGAGUAUGAUUGAGGUUAAGAGGCUGCAGAAUGCGCCCCUGAGGGAUGGGAGGUUGGUUGCUGUGGCUAAUGCUAUGGAUGCGCUGGCUGAGAGGUUCGUGGAUGGAGCUCCAAGGGCGAGGUUUGCGGAGAAGAAGAAGCAGUUGGAAGGUAUGUCGUCUUUCUUUCUGUGUUAUUGCUGGGCUUGCUGA